CCGAUUUUUCGUAAUAACUGUAAAACUAAAUGAAGAGUCACAACGGUGUUGUCUUUUUAACAAUCAUGAAUUUCACAAUCUUUAAAUGCCAGCUUUGAAUUUAACUUGAAUGAUAUUAACUUUAUGUGUUUGUGUUCACGUGUGGGUGGCUAAAGCAAGAUGGCAGCGUGCGCAAUACGUCGGGCUUUAUUGUCCACCGCUAGUAAAUAUAACAAUCAGAAUUGCACUCGCAGAUUACUGAGUGCAGUUGAAUACAACAGUGGAUUAGAUCGGAAAAGACCUCAGGCGUUAUGUUCAGCGUGUGGACUGGCCAGUUUUCAGCAGACGAGGUUCAUGUCGUCCAGAAACAGGCCUGAGGGGAAAAUACUAGAACCUGUCGGUGUGUUUGAGGCCCUAAAGCAACAUGGAAAAUAUGAAACAGGCCAGCUUUUCCUGCACAGCAUAUUUGGUUACAGGGGAAUAGUAUUAUUCCCCUGGCAUGCUCGCCUCUAUGAUCGAGAUGUGAGCCCUGCUACAGCUGACAGUAAGCCAGACUCUGUGGGCAAUGGGUCCAAAGAGGUGAAAGGGAAAAUGCAUACAUAUUACCAGGUCCUCAUAGACACCAGAGACUGCCCACACAUAUCCCAGCGAUCUCAGACUGAAGCUGUUACAUUUUUGGCCAAUCAUGACGAUAGCAGAGCCCUGUAUGCUAUCCCAGGUCUGGAUUAUGUGAGUCAUGAAGACAUCCUGCCUUACAACUCCACUGAGCAAGUUCCUAUUCAGCAUGAGCUGUUUGAGCGCUUUCUCAUGUUCAACCCCUCCAAAAAUCCCCCAUUCACUGCCAGAGAUACAUUACGGGCCUGGCAGGAGAAGAAUCAUCCCUGGUUGGAGCUCUCAGACGUGCACAGGGAAACCACAGAGAACAUUCGUGUCACUGUCAUCCCCUUCUACAUGGGCAUGAGAGAAGCUCAAAAUUCACAUGUGUAUUGGUGGCGAUACUGCAUUCGUCUGGAGAACCUGGGCAACGAGAUAGUUCAACUUAGGGAAAGACACUGGAGGAUCUUCAGUCUAUCAGGGACUCUGGAAACAGUUCGUGGGAGAGGAGUGGUGGGCAAGGAGCCGGUUUUAUCAAGAGAACAGCCAGCUUUUCAGUACAGCAGUCAUGUUUCACUUCAAGCACCCAGUGGACACAUGUGGGGGACAUUCUGUUUCGAGAGAACAGAUGGCUCACACUUCGACGUGCGCAUUCCACCUUUUUCACUAGAGAGCAAUAAGUAUGACAAAGCUCCCCCUACUGGUUAUCCAUUGUAAUAAACCUGCUCCAAUACUUCUACCAUCACAGAUCGGCUUUCCACCAGGCCAUUCCUUUGAAGAGAUCCAGUUUUUAUUUUCCUUUAGUGCUGCUUACAUUUAUGAUGGUUUUAGUAAAACAUCCUUGAGUUUGAUUCUUACUGCAGCACCAGAGAUGUGUAGCAUCUGCGUAUUUAAGUGAAAAUGCAAAGUUGAAGUAAGCAGUUGAUCAAAUAAUGCAAGUGGUGUGGUAAGUAGAGGCAUGGCCAGUUUUUGGUCUGAAUCCCCAGAACCUCAACAGGCAGUAUAUUGGGUUUAAAUGUGAUUUUUUUUUCUAUUUAUUUGAACAGUUGUAUUCCUCUGUUAAAUAAGCUUAAGGAUUGUUGUCCGUUCGUUUCUGUUUGUACCCCUGUAGUGUAUGUAAUUCCCUUACUUGUUUAGCUUGAGCUCCAAUGAAAUCUGGUUUGGGGCACUCUACGUUCUGGAGAUGACUGUUUUUCCCUGGGGUGUUGAAUGUUUUUGCCUGGUUAAUGGAAUGCUGCACAGCUUAUCCAGAUGUCAUGCCAAAGUCAGCUACUAAAAUGUGGUUUGACUACGGAUGUCUAUUGAGCUAUGGCUGCAUUAAGAUCAUCACCUUGAAAUCAUCAUUUGAUUAUGCAUUUGGAUUAAAAUGGAUAAUGAACUGCUUCAUUAUUUACUGUAAAUAAGUUUGUUAAAGCAUAAAUAAAACAAUGUUUUCAAGUUGA